GAUCUCAACUCUUUGGGUCCGCUGUGAAUGAACUCUUCCAGACACUUUUGAUCAUCCACGCUGUUAAAAACACACUGGCAUCUAACUUCAUCUCCGUCCGUCGAUCCAGAGGCGUUUGUUAAACACACAUGGACUGUUGUGUCGGUUUUUACGCCUGAAGAAAGAAAGAACGAUAGGACUAUUUUAGCUUUAUUUUAGGCUGAAGUUAGUUGACAUCUUUUGUCAUAUGAAGGAUAUGGGCAGAUGUGGAAAUGUUGCGUUUUGUGCGAUGGUGCUCUUCUACUGUUCUCUCAUUACAGGUGAUUAUCUCUGCGUGUCAUCUGCGGCUGACGUGUCUUCAUCAUCUCACAGCUCUGUGAAGAGAAGAAACGGCGUGACUGAAGUCAACAUGACCUCGAGCCCUGGCAGCGAUCAGACGCAGUCCUCCACUAACAUCACCAACAGCACUGAGCCCACGCCGCACACAGACACAACUACAGUAAUGUUGGUGAACUCAUCUGCCCCGGCCGAGAACGUCACAGACAGUCGAAACGUCUCUGAUGUGUCACCUGUGAUAAAUGAGACAGCAGUCACCACGGUAAAACCUACCACACUCCCACCAUCAACGACCCACGAGCCCACAAGCAGCAUCCACUUCAGCACGCUCCACCCGACAUCCACCACCACAGGAACCAGCGGAGCUCCAGAGUCAUCGAGCGCUCGCAGCAGACGGAGAUCCAGCACACAGAUGACAGCAAGCAGCAGUCCUGUCCAGACCAAAGCCCACGCAGACACCCCCUCGGCUCUCAACGUCCCAGACCACGACAAUAGCAAAGCGUCCGCUGACCCACUGCUGGCUGGACUGGUGUCGGCGUUCGUCAUCGUCGCUGCCAUCGUGUCGGUCCUCAUAUUCCUCAAAUUCAGAAACACAAACGAUGGCCCAGAGUUUCGCAGACUUCAGGAUCUCCCCAUGGACGAUAUGCUGGAGGACGCGCCUCUCUCCAUGUACAGCUACUGAAAACCCAGAUGUUCCUCAGACAUCUUCAGAGAGCCUAACAUCCUCUGAUCAACACAACACAGACACAAUUAAAUUAGCUUCACAGAGGCACAAACACUCCUGUUGUUUCUGUUACAGGACUAAAUGUAGCAUCUUACUCUACUUUAGUUGUUAAAUUCACCAUGUCCGUCAGUUCCCGUUCGCUGGGUUGUUUUCUUGCACUUUAGGUUUGGGAAGGAUUGUGUGCUGCGGGGAUAUUAGGGAGCUGUUUUUGGCUGUAUGUGUUCAUUUGUUUCAUGCAUUGCAUCUCUUGCGCACCAAUGUAUGCUCUUCAGUGAAUGGGUGCCGUCAGAAUGAGAGUACAAACAGCUGAUAAAAACAUCACAAUAAUCCACACCACUCUGGUCCAUCAGUUAACAUCUUGAGAAGUGAAAAGAUGCAUGUUUGUAAGAAACAAAUCCAUUAUUAAGAUUUUUUUACAUGUAAAAUAAGAGUCCUCUAUCUAUAAUAAUGCUUUCUACAGUGUGAAAGUCAUCUCAUCUGAUUAAGGAGAGAAAUCUGCUCAGGCCAAGCACCGUUUAUAAGAUACAGAUUUAAACAAAUAUUUUGGUGGAUUCUGAGAGGACAACAGAGGAUGGACUUUUUUUUCACUGGAGGAAACAUUAUUAUAUAUUAUGGACUCCUAUUAUGACCUGAAACGAGUUUAAACACUUAUACAAACUGGAUUUGUCUCUUAAAAACAUGCAGCAUUUGGCUUCUCCAGAUGUUAACUUGAUGGACUGGAGUAGUGUGGAUUACUUCUGUAUUAUUGUGAUGUUUUUAUCUGACGGCACCUAUUCACUACAGAGCAUCCAUUGCUGGGAACGUGAUGAAAUGCUGCAUUUUAACAAAUAAAGAAACAAACAAACCUACAUCUUAGAUGGCCAAAAGGUGAGUAAAUUUAAAACUACUCUUUGGAGGAAAUGCUCGACGUUCAGUAGUUUUCGAUCAUCACACAAAGUCAUUUUAACCCCUCUCUGUUUACAGUAAUGCACUUCUGUGGGGUACCAGAGUAAACAAUAAAAUGCAUUUCGUUUUCAACAGUACAGCCACAUGACUUGCAUGGCACUAGCUAUAAAAGUCUUCUAACCGUGUCUUUGUGAAGUUACAUUCAGUUUUCUCACCCCUGUAAAGCUGCUAAACUCUGUAACAUUUGCACGACACACACAAGGAGAGUCUUCCCUAGUAAAUUCAUUACUGUAAACUCAUUUGUACUUGUUUUUAAAAAUCUGUAGACAAAAUUAUACAGCUUAACCUGUAAUAAAUCUGAAAAAUUCAUUUAAUGCUGUACAAACGGCACCAGUAAUGAUUUCCCAAUGUUCAUUUCUGCUUAGUUCCCAAGCAUGUUUCCACCCGUGAGAAAUUGCAUUUUUUUUUCAGCUGCACAGACGUUCAAUUCACUUCAAGUGAAAAUGUGGAGUUGUUUACAUCAUAAGCAAUGUCACCAAACAGACAAAACAACAGCGCUGAAAACACAACCGUCUCUUGGCUCAUGAUGGUGCAAAAUUCAACUGUUUUCAACCUUGUUUUAAGAAACAAAUUCAUUUGCAUGCACUUUUGACAAAGAUGGUAAAAAACAGACCUUCAGUCAAUAAACAGCCAUAAUUGUAAUGCUUUUCUUGUGCCUAAAAUGUUUUAUAAAAACUGCGAAAAAUAAACAAAAUAUAGCUAUAGACUUAACAUUUUAACAUUUUUAUUGAUUGAUAAAACAUCAAUACAGUAUUUUCAUCCUUGUGGUUUGUUGGCUGAUGGAUGUGUGUUGUUUUCUUUGUGUAAUAACUUGUGGAAGUGCAUUUAAAGUGUUUCUUACACACUGUUCUUUUUUAAUUAAUAAAAGUCUUUAAAAUAC